UAUUAAAAUGAAAGUAGCUGUGCUCGCGUUUAUCUUUGGGCUGUGCCUAGCAGUCGCCUCGGCCAACAUUGAUUCUGCUUUCGACAGUGAGGAGCUCCGGGAAUUCACUCCUUUGGACUAUGCUGACGCCGAUGAGGAAGCAUUCAGUAUUUUUGGUUUCUUUUACUUUACACUCAAAGCGUGCUUGCGUACUCUGAAAGGCGUCAAUUGUACCAUCAAAGAAGUACUCAGCAUUCAAGCUGCGGCGGUAGACUUCUUAAGCGACAUUAACAACUGCAAUGUCGGCGCUGUAAAGAGCGUAACAGCGCUUAUUAAACAAGUUCAAGCAGUCGUUACAACCUGCGAUGAGAUCAUCAAUUUGAAUAGCAAAGUUUGCAACAAUGAGGCCCUAGACGAUGAAGCAGUCGGCAAUAAGAAGACACCAUCCAAAUGCUUUUCCAAAUUGUUGAAUAAAUUGAUUACGCUAAAGAAACAGGUCGCCAAAACAGUUUCAUUAGCGAAGAAAGUGCCAUCCACCCCAGGUGUCUAUGCAGAUUGCACCAAGACCGCUGUAGAUGUUUUGGUUUCGGUCUUUAAAGCUUUUCCUUCUGACAUAAAAAUCUGCUCCAAAUUGAAAAAUCAGCUCGACCGACUUCGUCAUAGCGACGAACAACAACAUAGCGAGACUUCGUCAAAUAGACCGCAGGCGAAGCGCAGCGUAGGCAAACAUGCCUGUAAUGAAUCUAUCAAAGCGGCUAAACAGCCAGCAAUGUCUAACUAUCAGUGGCAACGUUGA